GAAAGUCCAGGAGGAUGCCAGAGGGCAUUGACAUUUCCCGCUCACAUGAAGGGGACACAGGCCAACAUUCUCCCUGCAGACAGCCGCAACCUCCUCACCUUCACCGCCUGCAUCUGGGCAAAUCCAAGCAGCACAACGGAAGAAGUGGUGCUGUUCUCCUACUGCGCUGAAGGAAAUGGCACCGGAUUCCAGCUGUACCUCAGCCGAGGCGCAGUCUGGUUCUCGGCGGACUCUGUGGAAGUACACACUCGCACAGGCUUCUCGGGAAAGUGGACGCACUACUGCGGGAUCUGGGACGGCAACUUUGGGAACAUCACGUUGGUAGCCAAUGGUCAGGUGAUGGCUUCACGCAGCCUUACCACCGGGUUGCACACAAUCCCUGGCGGAGGAGCUGUGCAACUGGGCCAAGUAAAUGCCAAAUGCCAGGCGGGCGAAAACGCCAAGGUACCCACUGCGUUCACUGGAAAGCUGACAGGCUUUAACCUGUGGGACGCAGCCAUCUCAGAGAUGAAGGUUAGCCUUCUGCUGCAAAACAACGGGUGUGACUUCAAGGGGAACAUGGUGGGGUGGGAUGUUUCUCCAAUAACCGUGGGAGCUGGUGUGCUGAUCGAGUAGAGAAUCACUCUGAUACACACGUUAACAGAACUUUAUAUCACAGAUUAAAAAAAACGAAAUCCCUUCCCCCACCCCCCCCAUUGCAAAAAAACUUAACCUUACAGCAGAUAUUUUAUAAAAUGAAAAAUGGCCUUGUAUCUGGUCAGGCAGCCAUUUUAAAAACUAUUUCAUUUGGUGCCCGGCCUAUCCGAUGUUGUAAAACCAGUCAUACACCACACAAAAAAACCCAGCUGAAACAGUCCAGCAAACAAUGGUGCAAUUACAAAGUACCUCAGGGUACACUUGCUUGGGGUGCUAUUUUAAAAUCACUCCCUCGUAGCACCCUGUUCCACCUGGAUACACAGGGAGAUCUAUUCAUGGGCACACUACCCUGUUUGUCCAAGAAUGUUUUGGUAUCCC